AGUCAUGAGCUGCGGUGAUGAUGUGGUUCCUCCUGCUGCUUCUCCACACCGCUCACAUUCAGCUGGUGAUCUCAGAAGCUGGGAACAAACUGAUUUUAAAGAAAACGGGAGACAACCCAUGUGAAGGCUACGUUGAAGUCUACCAUAAUAACAUAUGGGGCUAUGUCGGGGAUGCAUACUGGAGCAAGAACACUGAAAAAGUGGUAUGCAAGAGCACUCACUGUGGGGACCCUGCAGCAACCUUAGCUAAAGAUGUUUUUAAGCCUUCUGAAAACAGGACGAUCUGGCUCAACGAACUGAGGUGUAAAGGAACUGAGAGCGCUCUGUGGGAAUGUGAUGGUCCUGGUUGGAACGCCAGCAUCUACCAGAGGCUCACAAUAAAAAAGCUCAGCUGUUCAAGUAACAUCAAAAUAAGCCUGGAUGGACCAAAAUGUGCCGGAGCUGUCAAGUACUCUAACGGCAACACUUCUGGAUACUUUUGUGCCGAUGGCUGGGAUGAUAAAGGUGCCCGUCUUGUGUGUAAAAAUCUUGGGUGCAAUGGAGUCAGAAAAAUUAAUCCGUCACAGUGGACGGAGAGUGAAACAUUAAAAAGCCGGAGCCCAAAGAUGAAGCUCGAUUGUUCAGUCUUUCAAGACCCGGAUGACCUGUGGCAAUGUGUGACUGGCAAACACAGCGGGAAGCCAGACACAUGCAAACCUGCUUCUGUCAUAUGCGAAGGUUAUCAGAGACUGCAGCUCAUAGGAGACCAGUCAAACGUGUGUUCUGGACAGCUGCAAGAAGAAAAAAAUAACGCGUGGGAGCCUGUUAGACAGAAAAAUUCAGCCUCUGAUGUGUGCCAGCAAAUGCACUGCGGUACCACUGUCAGCAACAGCACAAUAAACGAAGGCCUUCAUGUGACAUGCACAGAUAAAGUUAAAGUGGUUCUGAAGGACGCUGAUAGAGAAAGCAAGUGCUAUGGCACAGUCCACAUUGAUGUGAAUAAUUCAUCUCAGCCUGUGUGUGCCUCCUCCUGGGGGAAAAAUCAAGCUGAACUUGUCUGCAAGGAGCUUAACUGCAGGAAACUGAUUAGUUUUAGUGUAGAGAGAGGGACAUCUAGAGGAGUGAUGGACCAUGUAGAAUGCAAAGGCAGCGAGUCCUCCUUGUGGCACUGUCAGGCUCGGCGCGACAAAAACCUCCAGUGUUCAUCCCGGCCUAAGGUACUCUGCUCAGGCAGUGUGGACAUGAAACUGGUUGACGGUCCUGGAAAAUGUGCUGGAAGAUUGUCGAUAAAGUUCCAGGGAAAGUGGAAAAGGGUUGCUAACACAUCAUGGACAGAUACUCAUUCAGCAGAGGUCUGCAAACAACUGAAAUGUGGAAAAACUGGCAAAACUGAAAGAUUCAGCCAAGGUUCCGACGGUUUCCUGUCUGUAGACUGUGCGGGUAAACAGAACCCAGACAUCUCUGAGUGCUUAAAGGACGACUCGAGCAGACGAUUUCAGGAAGACCAAGCAGUAGGAAUAACCUGUGACAAACACAUGGUGGUAUUUUUGAAAGGAACUGAAGCCUGUUCUGGCCACGUGGGGAUAAAGCAUGGCAGCAACACCUACUGGCUCUCUGGGUCUGAUGUAACAUGGAACCAGAUGUCUGCAGAAACAGUGUGUCAGCAGAUGCAGUGCGGGAAUGCUGCCAGCUUUACAUACAAUAACAUUACAGUUCAUAAGGAUGGACGUGUUUGGGAUGAGUCUCGUAAUUGCUCAUCCAAGAAAAAGUCACUUUUUGAUUGCACAAAAAUUUCACUUCUGCCUCCCGACCACCAAUAUUCUACUGCCUACGUGAACUGUUCAGGAAAAAUUGUGAUGAAGCUGACGGAAGGCUGUUGGGGAAAAGUCGAGGUUCAUGCAGGCGAGGUGCAGGGAGACGUGUGUGCAGACACCUGGACAGAAGAAAAGUCUACGUUGCUGUGUAGAAACCUGAGAUGUGGGACAGCCCUAAAAGCCCACAAAAGUCAGGAGGAUGGUGAUAUCCGCUUCAACAGUGUGGACUUUACUCCAGGCCAGAAUGGCACCCUGACAGAGUGGAACAUUGUGAGAACCCAGGCAAAUGAUGUAUCCUGUAAGAAAAGACCAGCCUAUGUCGUUUGCUCAGGUAGUGUCAAGCCCAGAUUUAGCAAGUCCAUUGACAGUUGUUUCGGAAACAUAGAGGUGGAGUAUGCGGGGCAGUGGAUCCCUGUGUGCUUGGAUGCUCUUAAAGACGCUAAUAUUCAAAACACCAUCUGUCGGGAGCUUCAAUGUGGUGACGCUGUUGGGCUUCUGCCCUACUUCGGACCUGAAACAACAGGCAAACAAGUCAUUUCAAGCCUAACGUGCUCUGCAGAUGCCAACAGCUCAUUAUCUACAUGCAACAUAGCUACUUCUCAAAAUCCCUGCAAUUACACUGGCCUCCAGUGCGCUGAUUGGAAGACGAUGGUACCGAUAGGCAGCAAGUCCUGUAGUGGAACAGUGCUGGUUCACUCAGGGAAGGGAAUCAGUGCUGUCUCCAGUCAAGGCUGGACAGAAAUCGAGAAGAAAAGGCUUUGCCAGGAUAUGAACUGCGAUGGACUUUCAUCAGACACAACGGAGGACCAGGGACUUGACACCAGUUCUUUCUGGAGCAAAAGUUUCAGCUGUGCAAAUAACAAAAACCAUGAUAAAACAAACAUCUGGGAUUGUGAGAACAAAACGCGGCCAUCCGAGAAGAAGGCGCUCUUUAUUAAAUGCCAAAGAGAGCCCAGUGUCAACCUUUCACAUGGCUGUGGUGGGGAAGUGAGCAUAGAUAACCUUCCGGUGUGUGAUCAGAACUGGGAUCUAAACAGUGCACACAAGGUUUGCCAAGAAAAGUACUGUGGCAACGCUAUCAGUUUUUCCAUAACUCAAACACAGACUUCAUCUGACAUCUACCAUGUCAGCUGUGACAAGUAUCAUACAGUUCUUGGCCAGUGCAGAAGAAUUAAAGGAAGCUGUACUAAAAAAGUGUCCAUUUUCUGCAGUGAGAAUGUAAAGUUCCGCACCACUGAAGAAAAAGGAGGUGAACUCCAAAUCAAUUAUCAAGAUAAGUGGGAAAAAGUAUGUGAAAAAGUCAAACUUUCCACAGAUAUGACGGACAGGCUGUGUAAAGAGAUUAUGAACGUGAAACAUGGCAACCAACAGGGCAAAUCAGGAACAACGCUGGAGUGCACUGAAGGUGUCAAGGACAUCAAACGCUGUGUCAAACAGCAUUCCUGUGGAAGCCUUCCUUCAAUUAAAAUCUUUUGCCCUGACUAUAAGCCGCGUCCUCCACCAACUGUGCCACCUGCACCUCCGCCCAUAGCACCUAUUAUUGUGGGUGUGGCGUUACUUCUCCUUGUGCUGAUAUUGAUUGGUCUAUUCAUACGAUUCUGUGUGAGGAGAGCCAGGAAGUCAAAAAUGUCAUCAAGAAUGCUCUCAACCAAAGACAUGGAGUUUGAAAGUGGGGAAUAUGAGGAUGUUAUGAACAAAGAAAAUGAGAUGGAAGAUUUCAGCCCUGGCAGAUUCAGAUCGGAGGAUGAAUUCAUCACGGAGAAUGAUGGGCACAGUGUUUCUUCUUUACAUUAUGAUGAUAUUGAUGAAGCAGAAGAAGCUCGGCCCCUGACCUCGCCAGGCCCAGCUGCUCCUGCUGAUCGAGAUGCCAACAUGCAUGAAGAUGGGGUGACCUACGAAGUGGAAAAUCCACAGGAGAGUUAUGAUGACAUUGAUACUAUCCUUGAAACCACCCAGACUAAAGCGGAGGUCCAUGACAGCCCCCAAACCACACAUGACACAGCAGCCCCACCAGGAUUGGUGCAGGGGGAUGAGGACUACCUAGAGCCGGAUCAGGAUGGGUGAGCCAGUGUGGCUUUAAAACAUACUUAAAGUGGAUCAUGCCAAAAUCCACUUUCCUUACAUAUAUUAUGAAAAGCAAUAUUGAAAUCAAUAUUAAAAUCCUUUAAUGCAACAUACAUUUACUGAAAUGGCUGAAAGAAUCCUACAUUUGAUGCAAAAACUUGGUGUAAAAAAAAUGUAAAUUCAUCCUUUGAUUCUGUAUAACUAUAAGAAAAGUCAAAAUGUACAAAGUAUGAGAAGUAUAAGAACUGGUUUCAUCUUUCUAUUAUUUUUGAGUGUAAAACUAUAGUUGAUUAUAAAGCUUUUAUCAAACAUGCUUAAAGUGUUUCAUAUGUGAUAUUUUUCAUCCAGCUACCUGCUGUGUCACACAGCAGCGUGAGCUAACAGAUACAUAGAGACUCUCCUGCUUCUAGUUUUUAGGCUAGGCUAAGCUGACUGCUUUCAUAUUCAGCAUUGAAAUGCAUGUAAUGUGGAUAUUCUCAUCAAACUCUGGGCAGGAAAAAAUAAGUGUAAAUAUGAU